AUGGCAUACGACAAUACCCGCACAGAUUUUCCGCAAAACGCACGUAAUUAUAGACGUUUUCUUUUUUGGGCUCCACCGGAGGCACUGUACGCACAGAUCAUUUACACGGCGCCCGAUGCAACAUGUGGUGUUAUGCAGCACCCUAACUCGAACGCAUUUACGCCCCCAUGUUUUGAUGGAGACCGUGGCCACCUGUUCGCAUUCCCAGGGAAACUAUGUUUUCACAUGGGUUUGCGAAUGACCGGUUUUGCUGCGGUACGCCGUUGGCGUGCUGCGGCGACUCUGCGUCACACUGGCAUCGACCAUCACCACAGCAUGCACAUUUACAGCGCCUCUUGUAUAUCGCAGCAUUUGUCUUUUUAUGCAUUGCCUGUACAAAAACAUUUUGGACCUUUCAAGACUUAUUUUCUGGACUAA